AUUCGCGUAAUGAGGAUUGUAUUUAAUUUGUUUUUUCGAAUUGUCUGUAUCGUGGAGUUUUAACUGCAUUUUCAUUGACACAAAAUCUGUUGAUGAACGCGAGUGAAAAUUUCAGAAAUUGGCAGGCAGCCUAAGACCUUGCCUCUACAGACGGCCGAUAGUAUUUUGGCCAUCGUCACAAUGAUGCCGACGGUUUUCGUCUCGGCAGUGCGAGGCGAGACUUUCGGAACGUGAAUAGAGGACAAAAAUUAGCUUCUUAGAAGUAAACUACAAUUCGGUCGUCACGGUAGUUUCGCGACAUCCCUCGUUGAGUCGCGUUAUGCACAAUCGUAAGUCCCGAGAUAAAGUGGUGAUUACGUGGAAAUUUUGCAAGUUUUCUCAAGAGAAAACAGCUCCUUGCAGUAAUCACACGGCAAAUUCAAAAGUCGACGUUAAUGGUGAAUUCUGAAAGUAGCAUACGUGAAGUUUAAAAAAUUCCGCGAAAAUAGCUUAUUGCACAACCGAGUCGAAUUUCGUCGAUAAUUAGCUGACGAAGAUACGCUCCGUGAAAUCUUGUACAUUUUCCAAUUCCGGUCUAAUUCGAUUCAUUAGGUUGGUAAGGGACCUUCGGUAGUGCGAUUUACGCUGCAACGAGAAUUGCGUGAUUUGGAGCGACCUGAGAAAAAUGUCGAUCAGAGGUGUGACCACUUCGGAGAGUGAAACGUUCCUUGGUUCCUUGCGCCUGUCGAAUUUUCUGAUCGAUCUGGAUGAAUUAUAUGAAGGUAGCGAAAGCCCAGUUUUUGGCAUCGAGGGUGGUAGUAGCGCUGCAGGCGCCAGCAAUAACUUGAGACUUGCAUCUCACGAGCUGCCAAAUGAGAUUUCAGCUCCCUAUGAAGUACCUCAAUUCCCGAUCGAACAGAUCGAGAAGAAGCUUCUGAUCCAACGACAAUUGACUGUCAAAGCUGCAAAAGAUCUUGAGGAACGUCGCAGUCAUUAUGAACCAUCUCUUCAUCCAGGAGUGCCUGAUGACAUUGAUCAUAGUUUCAAGAUCGAAGAAAAUGAUUUUGUGCCUCAUUUUCAACGAGUCUCCAUAUCCGGCGAGGAUACUUCUGGAGUACCUCUGGAAGAUCUUCAAAGGGCCUCCAAGAUGCUGGUACAAGCAUUGGCGAUACGCGAAAAAUACAUGAACAACUCUAAGCAGAGCUUCCCUACUAUUACUUCUAGAUUCUUGCGUAGUAUCGAUAAAAGACCACUCACUGUGGACGAUGAAGUACAUCACGACGAUCGCAAGGCCAUCGAAGGGAAAGAGCUGCUGGAUAUUACGAAAGAAAUCGGGGGCAGUCAAUCCGACGCGGACAUCGACGCGCUGAUCAAAGACGUCUCUUGGACAGGUCUUCCUAAUCACCCGGUACAUGCGCCUGCUUCUCGCGGCGAUCCUUGGGAAUGUGAAUUUCCACCGGCGAAGAAUUACAAGAUCGUGCCAGUCAAUGGCGUGUUCAACCUGUUCGCCAAUGAUGAGGACCUGGCCAAUGGCAAACCGCUCCCGUAUUCGUAUCCGGAUCUGGCGGCCUUCGUCCAGGACAUGAACCUCCUCUGCGCUAUGAUCGCCGACGGACCUUUGAAAUCUUUCUGUUACCGAAGACUAAGUUACCUAUCCUCUAAGUAUCAGCUGCAUGUGCUGCUAAACGAGCUCAGGGAACUGGCGAGUCAAAAGGCCGUGCCGCAUAGGGAUUUCUACAAUAUUAGAAAAGUCGAUACUCACAUACAUGCGGCUUCGUGUAUGAAUCAAAAGCAUCUGCUUAGAUUUAUUAAAAAAACGUUGAAGAAUCAUGCUGAUGAAGUGGUUACUUGUUCCAAAAACGAUGAAACUAUGACGCUCCGCGAAGUCUUUCAAUCCAUGAAUUUGACUACCUACGAUCUAAGCGUCGAUAUGUUGGACGUGCAUGCAGACAGAAAUACGUUUCACAGAUUUGACAAGUUCAACGCGAAGUACAAUCCUAUCGGCGAGAGCCGCUUGCGUGAGGUUUUCCUCAAAACCGACAACUAUCUGAAUGGCACAUAUUUUGCGCGGAUAAUCAAGGAGGUCGCAAGCGAUCUUGAGGAGUCCAAGUAUCAGAAUGCAGAACUGCGUCUUUCGAUCUAUGGCAAGAGUCCAGAAGAAUGGGAUAAACUAGCUAAGUGGGCAAUUCAGAGCGACGUCUAUUCAGAUAAUGUGCGCUGGCUUAUACAGAUUCCUAGAUUAUAUGAUAUCUUUAAGCUGAAUAAGCUUAUGACGAACUUCCAAGAGAUUAUCAACAAUAUCUUCCUGCCACUUUUCGAAGUAACCAACGAUCCCAAUUCUCAUCCGGAGCUGCAUAAAUUUCUCCAAUACGUAAUAGGCUUCGAUUCUGUAGAUGAUGAAAGUAAGCCAGAAAAUCCUCUUUUCGAUAAGGAUGUUUGUCCACCUGCAGAGUGGGACGAUAUAGAAAAUCCGCCAUACGGAUAUUACCAAUAUUACACUUACGCGAAUAUGACGGUUCUUAAUCACUUUAGAGCAGAACAAGGCUUCAAUACAUUUGUCUUGAGACCUCAUUGCGGUGAAGCAGGACCCAUUCAACAUCUUGUAUGUGGCUAUAUGAUGGCGGAGAACAUUUCGCAUGGUUUACUGCUCAGAAAAGUUCCUGUGCUUCAAUAUUUAUAUUACCUAGCGCAAAUCGGCAUCGCGAUGUCGCCGCUCAGUAACAAUUCGCUUUUUCUUAAUUAUCAUCGUAAUCCACUUCCAGAAUACCUUGCUAGAGGAUUAUGUAUAAGCUUGUCUACAGAUGAUCCUCUCCAGUUUCACUUUACUAAGGAACCUCUGAUGGAAGAAUAUAGUAUUGCUGCGCAAGUGUGGAAACUCAGUUCGUGUGACAUGUGCGAGCUAGCACGCAAUUCCGUUCUUAUGAGUGGUUUUCCACAUAAGAGUAAGCAGUACUGGUUGGGACCUAACUAUACAAAAGAGGGAGUCGCUGGUAACGAUAUUACUCGAACCAACGUACCAGACAUACGAGUGGCCUAUCGAUAUGAAACCUUAGUUGACGAACUGUCCAAUAUCUUCAAGGUCGUGGAAAAACCUGAGUCACUUCCAUUUUAAUAAUAAUCGAUUAUUUGGAUUUUAUCAAUCCGAUGGAGAUCGAUUGAGGUGAAAUGAUAUUCAAAGAUUGACGAAUUAUGAUUAUUCAUAUGAUUUAUUCUUGUGAUUCUGACUCUUUUAUGCUAACUACAAAAUAUGUUUUGAAACAUUACGAGAAUUCGUAAGGAAAUUAUUUUUUUUUCUUAUAUAAUUACUCUUUUUCUCUUCACACAUCAAGAAUAUAAAUCGAGGCUGAACAACAUCGAUCAAAUUAUAUAUUAGAUGAAGUACAAUACCAAAUUAUCUAAAAUAUGUAUCACAGAUUUUUCAACGUGAGAAUGUGCUUAAAAUCGAUAUCGCGUGACAAAAGUAUGUAUAAUUCUACCUUGACUAUAGAUAGGUGAAUGGCCAAAUACGAUUUCAUGAGACCAUUACAUUUCUAUGGAAUCAUUAAAUUAUGGAAUCAGUUUCUAAAUUGAAUCCAUAAUUUAUUAUGGAAAUCCGUAUUUGUUGCUUAAACAAAUUAUGAACUUUAUGUAUGUAUCGUUCAUCUUUCAUCUUGCACCUUUUUUAAAGACUUCAAUCGCAAGAGUAAAUCAAUCAGAAAUUAUACAUAUACGUUGACCAAUUUAAUAAUAACUAUUAGAAGAUAUUUCUUCUAAUUCAUUGCAGAAUUCGUAUCAGUAUACGUAUUGUAACAAACUAGGCUAGAAACGAAUAUUACGUUUAUUCACCUUGACGUUAAGCUCGUGAUAAAAUAAAUCCGUUUUUCACAUCUCGGCCGUGUACGGUGAUAGCGAUAUAUCUUUCUUGGAUUUUAGUUUUAUUUUCUUACAUUUUUGUACAUUUAUAUCUUAAUCGUAAAUAACGUUUGUUUCGGCGAGCAUUCAGAUAACUGGCUCGUAUGCGGAUAGUUAACUCGUGCCAUUGUAUAUCCUUCUUUCUACAAAUAGAGAGUGUAAAUAGGAAAUUAUUUGAUUAGAUGUAACUAAGAUAUUUUACGAGCUUUACAUGCGUGCCAAGGUAUGAUGCAACGAUAUAAAUAUA